AUGUUCGGGCACAAAAUACGGACCAGCCUGGACUUGCUUUGUCCGCCAACAAUUAAGCCGUCGGAUGAUCAUCAGGGCUCACGGACUUUCGGGAAAGGUGAUUUAGUGUACACCAAGGUGCACUCAAGCAAUUCCUGGAGAUGGGCACCUGCGGUAGUAUUGGAGCGGAUAGGUAACGUCAUGUUCAACGUGUGGGUGGAAGAUAGGCGUAUGCUUCGGUCGCACAUCAACCAGUUGCGUAGCCGCGCAGGUGCUGACAACACACCAAGGCCCAGCACGAUUCCGUCCAAGGCCGGCAAACAUCAGUUGCCUUUGGACAUCCUGCUUCAAGAAUGCAAUCUGCAUCAGCCAAGUCAUGCUGUGGUUACAAGUUCCUGCUUGUAG